AUAUAAUCACUAGGAUGACGCGUUGCUAUCGAAGUGAAUAUGACUGGCUGGAUUGGCUCGCCUGACACUUUUGGUGUAUUCUUCUAGCGCUUCUAGUUGUGAACGGUUUGACGUCACUACAACCACGCAGGAAUCUCUUGCAAAACCGACCACGCUCACAACUGCAUAGAGGUAUAUUUGAUAAACUAGUCGAGUAUAAUCACGCGCUCAGUUACAUCACUCAAACGAGAUAACUCGUGUUUUGAUACGGAAAGUUUGAAAAGCGCCGAGUAUCAUGGCGCACAUUUGCUCCUGCGUCGCCGGCCGCCAUGCCUGAUUCCGAGAUGAGUUCGAAUCUGGUGAAUUUUGUAAAGGCCGGCAAGAAGAUUGUCGCUGCCGCUGCCAAUUACAAUUCAUUGUUGGCUCUUCAAAAAGUAGAAAAACCCAAAGAUCCUGUGCUUUUUCUUAAACCAACAACAAGUUACAUUGUGGAAGGACAAGAUAUCAUCAUUCCAAAAGGUUGGAAAGUAAACGAAGAAGUAGAACUUGGAAUCAUAAUCGGCAAACAUUGCAAAAAUGUAGAUGAAACAUCAGCGAUGGAUUACGUCGGCGGAUAUUGUGUCGCGUUGGAUAUGACAUCAACUUCUGAAUUGGGCGUUGCAAGGUCAAAAGGAUGGCCCUGGACUAUGGGGAAAGGCUUUGACACCGCCUGCCCAGUAAGCAGAUUGAUAAAAAAAGACGAAAUUCCCAAUCCGCAUGAUGUGAAUCUUUGGUGCGAUGUCAACGGUGUCCAGAAACAAGCUGGAAACACCAAUGACCUCACCUUCACCGUACCUGAAUUGAUCAGCUACGCGUCAAAAUUCAUGACAUUAGAACCCAACGACAUGAUUCUUACCGGAAGUCCACCUGGCAUGGGUCCAGUUGUACACGGCGAUGUCAUCGAGGGCGGCAUCAAGGAUUUAGUUCAUUUUAAGUUUAAUGUUAAGGAAGAACAAUGAUUUGUUGAUUUUACAUCUAACUAAUCAGACUCCAACAAAUGUCUGACAAUGUCCACUAAACGCCGAUCGUAAAACUUGUAAAAUUUCAUAAACAUCGCUAGGAAAUCA